CCUGUCAUUCUGUCCCUCCCUCCCUUUCUACCAGGCUGUGACACAGGCUUCGGGAAGGCUGCAGCGUGGCGUCUGGACGCACAGGGUUUUGAGGUGUUUGCUACGGUGUUGGACCUGUCUGGGGAGGGAGCCAGGGAGCUCCAGAGGACCUGCUCCCCUCGUCUCACCCUACUACAGGUGGACAUCACCCAGCCACAGCAGGUCCAACGGGCUCUUCUAGACACCAAGGCCAAACUGGGCCUCAGAGGUCUGUGGGGCUUGGUGAAUAAUGCAGGAGUGUGUGUUAACUUCGGGGAUGCAGAGCUUUCUCUGAUGUCUAACUACCGUGGAUGUAUGGAGGUGAACUUCUUUGGGACUCUGAAUGUCACCAAGACAUUCCUGCCUCUGCUACGUCAGGCCAAGGGACGUAUCGUCACUAUCUCCAGCCCUGCAGGAGAGCAGCCGUUCCCCUGUCUAGCAGCGUACGGCGCCUCCAAGGCAGCUCUCAACCUGUUCAUCAACACACUCCGCCACGAACUGGAACCCUGGGGGGUGAAAGUGUCCACCAUACUGCCAUCCUCAUACAAGACAGGUCAGUCCAGUAACCAGGAGUACUGGGAGAGUCAGUACAAGACCCUGAUCCACAACCUGUCCGCAGGCCUGCUGGAGGAGUACGGGGAGGACUACACCCAUGAGACCAAGGACCUCUUCCAGCGCUUCGCCCAGUCGGCUAACGAGGACCUGUCACCAGUCAUCAACACCAUCAGUGAGGCGCUGCUCUCCCCCCAGCCCCUGGUCCGGUACUACGCUGGGCCCGGCGUGGGCCUCAUGUACUUCAUCUAUAGUUUUUUCCCUCUGAGUCUCUCGGACAAGUUCCUCCAGAGACUAUUUGUGCAGAAGAAGAUCAUCCCCCGAGCGCUGAGGAAGGAGAAUGGGCUCAACGGCAGCCUCAACAACAACAACAACAACAACAACAACAACAACAACAACAACAACAACAACGUGGAUAAGAUAGAGAAGUAGAACAAUGAGCUGUU